UUCCACAAACAUGCAAAGAAGUACUUUCAGAUGUACCUACCUGAUGCUGGUUACGAGGUUGCCUCGACGUCUCGUUAUGCUGCUGUCUCCUCGAAAGCUGAAGCAUGCAUACUCGCGACACGUAACUGGACGGCCGGAGAGAUCAUCCAACGGCUGCAAGGAACACUUGCUCCCAUGACCCGCGAAGAGGAGCUCGCACAUGCAGCAUCUUCUCGCGAUUUUUCGAUCUUGCAUUCCAGUCGCCUGAAGGCAAUGUGCUUGCUUCUCGGACCGGCUCGAUUUGUGAAUCAUGACUGCAAGCCUAACGCCGCUUUCGUGACUCAAAACCAGACUCUCACUAUCAAAGCUAUCAGGAAUAUCCGAAUUGGUGAGGAAAUCGUGGUGAAGUAUGCCGAGGACUAUUUUGGUAUUGGGAACUGCGAGUGCUUGUGUCAAACAUGUGAAAAUACCGGUAGGGGU